AUGUCUAGAUUGAGAACUUCAACUCCAUCUAAUGAUGAAAAACACCAAUAUGAUGAAGAUUCAACAGUGUAUGAUCAUGAGCAACAAUUACACCAUGAUGAAGAUGAUAUAGAUUCAAAAUAUAACCAUAAUAAAUCAGAGCUCACUAUAAUAUCAAAUUUUAUAACCAAUAUAUUUCAAAAUUCAAAUAUAACAGAUUCAAUUGGAUCAAUACUGAAACUUAUAAUACAAUCUAUAUAUUCUAUAUUACCAAUAUUCAUCAUCUUUUACCUUUUCCAAAUAUAUAAUGACACUACAGAACAUUUAUACUAUCCAAACUUCCCUAAUUCACAUAAAGAAUCAACUUUAGAAUCAAUGAAUGAUAUAGGUGUUGAAUUUUAUGAUUUAGCAGAUUAUAGAUCCACUGGUACGGGAUGGCAAAAUCAAGAACGUGUUUUAUUCUUGGUUCCAUUAAGAGAUGCAUCAGCUCAUUUACCAAUGUUUUUUGGUCAUAUGAAAAAUCUAACAUAUCCACAUAAUUUAAUUGAUUUAGCAUUUUUAAUUUCUGAUACUUCAGAUUCCACAAUUCCAGAUUUGAAAAGACAUUUAAAAGAAAUUCAAGCUGAUUCAGAUAUCUCCAAAAGAUUUGGUAGAAUUGAUAUAUAUGAAAAAAAUUUUGGUCAAAUUGUUGGUCAAAGUUUUAGUGAUCGUCAUGGAUUUGCUGCUCAAGGUCCAAGAAGAAAAUUAAUGGCAAUUGCAAGAAAUUGGUUAUUAACCACAGCAUUAAGACCAGAUCAUUCAUGGGUUUAUUGGAGAGAUGCAGAUGUGGAAACUGUUCCUGCUACAAUCAUUGAAGAUUUGAUGCAUCAUGAUAAAGAUGUUAUCGUACCAAACAUUUGGAGACCUUUACCUGAUUGGUUAGGUUAUGAACAAGCUUAUGAUUUAAAUUCAUGGCAAGAAAGUGAAGGUGGUAUUGAAUUAGCUGAUAAUUUAGAUGAAGAUGCUGUUAUUGUGGAAGGGUAUCCUGAAUAUGCAACUUGGAGACCUCAUUUAGCUUACCUAAGAGAUCCAUAUGGUGAUCCAGAAGUUGAAAUUGAAUUAGAUGGUAUUGGAGGUGUUUCUAUAUUGGCAAAGGCAAAUGUUUUCAAAGAAGGUGCAAUGUUCCCAGCUUUUUCAUUUAAGAAACAUGCAGAAACUGAAGCUUUUGGUAAAUUAUGUAAAACUAUGGGAUAUAAUGUUAUUGGGUUACCACAUUAUGUUAUAUGGCAUAUUUAUGAACCUUCUUCAGAUGAUUUAAAACAUAUGGAAUGGUUAGCAAAUGAAGAAUUAAGACAAUUAGAACAUGAAAAAAAUAAACAUGUUUAUGAUAAAGCUUGGGAAUUAGCUUUUGAAGAUGUUACUGAACAAUGGACCGAGGAAAAAUUUAAUGUUUUCAAAAAUACAGAUUUAACUAAAUUAGGUAUUGGAUCUGUUGAUUGGGCUGAUGUUGAUGAAUAUUUAGCUGAAGUUGAUGAUGAUGAAUUACUUUAUUCACCAGAUAAUGUUAAUGAUGAAAAUUUCUUGAUUAAUUUAGAUAAUACAAAUAAAGAAUUUGAAGAACAAGUAUUGGAAAGAUUAAAUAAAGGACCUGUUAGAUUUGGGUUUUCCAAAAAUGAACAAAAAUUUGAUAAUUAUUUCAAGAUGGAUGGUGCUAAAAAGAAGAAACAAAUGAAAUUUAAGAAAUUUGAAAUUUCCAAGGAAGAAGAAGAAUUAAGAUCCAAGAUUCAAGCAUUAGAAGAACAAACUGAGGAUAAUGUUUUCCAUGAUUUCUAUGAUCCAGAUGCUGGUAAAGUUGUUGAAGAUGUUAAUGAUAAACAUCGUACUUCCAAAACCAAAUCUGGUGAAACAGAUGAAUUAAUUGAUAAAUUAACAGAUGAUAAUACCAUUAAUAAAGAUAAACAAUUAUUUAAUGAUUUAGAAUCUAAAAAAAUGGAUAAAGAUGGUGAAGAAGGUGAAGUUGAAUUUAAAAAGCAAAAACUUAUCGAAAAAAAAAUUAAAAAAGCAACAAAAGGUCCAGAUGGUUCUAAAAAAACUGUUGAACAAGUUGCUACAAAGACUUUGUAUGAAGUUGAUGAUGCUGGUGUUACAAUUAAUACUGUUUACGAAUGGGGUACUGUUACACAAACUCCAGAAGUUGAAUUGAAAGAUGAUGAUCAAUAUAUUGGACCUGCUGGUAAAACUGCAGAACAAAUUAAGGCAAAAAAAUUAAAAGAAGCUAAAGCUGCAGUUGCCAAAUUUGAAGAACAAGGUAAUGAUGAACAAGAAGUAAUUGCUGAUGUUAAAGAAGUUAAGAAAGCUAAAUCUGAAGAGAAAGUUGAAUUGAAAGAACCAGAAGUCAAACAACCAGAAGAGAAAAAAGUUGAAGCUGAACCACCAAGAGAUGAACAACCUGUUGUGAAAAAAGCUGUAAAUGAUAAACAUGCCAUCCCAACAGAAGAAGAAAUUAAAGAACAAGCUGCUCAAGUUUGA